CUAAUUCUGUAUUGAAAUAGGCGCGUAGAAUCGCGAAACACCUUGUGUACAUAUCACGCAAUGCAUUCACAGUAGCGCUGAAUCGCAGUUGAGCAGCAACUGCGCGACGGAAGAGGGUAAUAAAGGGUGGAAGAUGUUGCGCUCUAUUGUGUUUUCGCCCUCUGUUACUCAGGGCCUGACAUCCUUGAUACGUAAUAACAUUGCUUUAUCAGGAUGUCCUGGAUCUUUAGUCUCCCAGGCCAAACACAUGGCCACAGACGCAGUAUCACAGCAAAGUGGAGCUUCUUUGCCAGGAAAAGCAGAAAGACAGCCCUACAGUCCAUUUCAAGAUAGCAGCAAUUUGGCUGAAUAUGCAAUAGCACGAUUAGACGAUCUCGUAAAUUGGGGUCGUAAAGGAUCAAUGUGGCCACUGACGUUUGGUCUAGCAUGUUGUGCUGUUGAAAUGAUGCACAUUGCUGCCCCAAGAUAUGAUAUGGACAGAUACGGAGUUGUCUUUCGAGCCUCUCCAAGGCAAGUUGAUGUUAUUAUCGUUGCUGGUACUUUAACAAAUAAAAUGGCUCCUGCAUUGAGAAGAAUAUACGAUGAAAUGCCUGAACCCCGAUGGGUCAUUUCAAUGGGAAGCUGUGCCAAUGGUGGUGGUUAUUAUCAUUACAGCUAUUCUGUUGUUAGAGGAUGCGACAGGAUUUUGCCUGUGGACAUAUAUGUGCCAGGAUGUCCCCCAACAGCAGAAGCGUUAAUGUUUGGUGUACUUCAGUUACAGAAAAAAGUGAAACGUAUGAAAACUCUACAAAUAUGGUACAGAAAAUAAUGUAAAUAAAUGUGAUAAUUGUAGCAAUUUAUGUAUAAAUAUUUAACAUGAAGUUAUUCUUUUAGUUAUUAAAGAUUGAUAAAUCAUUGUUAUUUAUUAUAAUGGUUAAUUUAUUAGACAACCAUGUUUUUCCUAAGAUCUGUUUAUUUGUAUGGAUUUUCAUCAUGUACAACCACCAAAAAUACAUAUAAAUACUACAAAUAAAAAACUCAAAA